UCGCCUUUGAUGGAACAGAUGGACUUCAUCUUUAUCUCGUCGACUGAUUCUGUGACUUUUUGUGCUGCUGCGUUGGUUUAAAAUCUGCAGCUACAGGUUAAGCACUUAGUCACGACGAGAAGAAAAUAAGGGAGACAACUCCAGACACCGCGCCAUCGGAAGCGAAACUUGAAGUGGUUUACCCAGUCAUCUGGCUACAGUUACAGUCUUUCGUUUCCUUCUAUAGGUUGUGGACGAUCUGCAGGUAGAGGAGCUGGAGGAACAAAGCGCCUGGCCUUGUGCCGAACAGCAGAGCGUUACGGCAGAACAGUAACGCUGGAAAUAAGCUGGACUAAAAGCCGCAUCUGCCUGCCCUUGCUUGUCGCUCUGCUGGCUCCUGAAGUGCACUUGUUUGUCGGGGAUCACUUUUAACUUGGGCAGUGGAUCUAUAUACCCAUCGCCGUCGGCCACCGAUGUGAAGCCCUGAUUUCUACGGUCGCAAUCUGCAAGGAUUGGGUAGUGCGUGCUCCAGGAGUUGUCAAGCCUUGUGAAGAAGGCUGUUCAACGAUACGAAAAUGGAUAGAACUGGCAGGAGACAUGACUGCCUGAUGAUGAUUCCGCUGGCCCUGUUUCUGAUGCUGUGCUUCCAAGGUGGUCACGGACGAUACACACUUCCAGACUCAGUCCAAAUUGGUGGACUCUUCGUAAAAGGCAGUAAGAGUGAGCAAGCAUUCAAUUUCGCUGUCCAUCGGAUCAACCGGCUGAAAGCCCCCGAAAACGACACAACAUUGGUGUCGGUGAAGCGACACAUCGCUGGAGGUAACAGCUUCGAUGCCUACAAAAGAGUUUGCAGUCUACUCUCUCAAGAGGGCGGCAUUGCUGCCGUCUUUGGCCCGUCGACGCUCGAAGGUAACCUCGCUGUGGACGGCGUUUGUGAUCGGCUACAGGUGCCGCACAUUACCGCUAGAUGGGAACAUAAGGAGAGACCCUCCUCCCAAACGGACCUCAAAAUAGUCAACCUGUACCCGCACAAUCGGUACAUCAGCCUCCUUCUGAGCAACCUCACCGAGUCGUAUGCCUGGACGAAGAUGACGAUAGUCUACCAGGACGAAGAAGCGCUCAUAAGACUGCAUCACGUACUAGAGCGUUCGCGGGGCGAGCUCACGCUACGAAAGAUGACGGCCCAAAACCUAAACAUGCUUCUGAAGGAGAUCAAGAAGUCAGGGAUCUACCACAUCAUUAUUGACUGCAAACAAGAAGUGCUCAUGACAAUAUUAGAACUGUUGCUGGAACUUCAAAUGCUGCGAAGUCACUAUCACUAUAUAUUCACUUCAAUGGACAUGUGCUUGAUCGAGAUGACGCGCUACAGCGGCGACUCGGUCAACAUUUCUUCCAUCCACUUGAUGGACAUGACGAGCACUGACGUCAAGUCCAAGAAGGUGAAAUGGGAAUUCUACCAGAAGCUGGAAGGCAGCAACGAAACGGCCUUCACGACGGAGGUAGCUAUGAUGUAUGAUGCCGUCAGCGUAGCCAAACUUGGUCUUCACCGCCUCAGUAACACUUCAUUGGUGUCCACGCAGCAAGUGUCUUGCGAAUCUACCCAAAGUGCGUGGGACCUCGGCUUGAGUUACUAUAACGCGGUGCAGUCGGUCAAUAUGCCUGACGGAUUAACGGGCCAGAUACGGUUUGGAUCGCACGGGGAGAGAGUGAACCCAAAGUUCUUCGUCUCAGAACUUGGCCCGUCGGGUAUGGAGCAGAUUGGAACGUGGAACAUCAUGGAUGGCCUGCAUUUCAAGCGUGCCGUGGAGGAACAGUUAAACACCAGCACAGCAAACAGAUCGCUGAGAGUCACCACCAUAUUGGAGAAGCCGUACGUCAUGCUGCGAGAGACUACAGACGGUACCAAGCUCGCGGAUAACGAACGAUUCGAAGGCUUCUGCAUCGACCUGCUCAAGAUGGUGUCGGCGGACGUGGGAUUCGAUUACCAGAUCCAGUUGGUGAACGACGGCAACUACGGAGCGGAAACGGAGAACGGAGAAUGGAACGGCAUGAUCGGCGAACUCAUGCAAGGGCAAGCAGACUUAGCGGUGGCCCCUCUAACAAUCUCCUACGUCCGGGAACAAGUGGUAGACUUCUCCAAGCCCUUCAUGCACCUGGGUAUCACGAUCUUGUACCGAGUUCCUGAGCCCCAGAACCCCGGUGUCUUCUCCUUUCUCAACCCGCUGUCCUUUGAUAUCUGGAUGUACGUGGUUAUCGCCUUCCUGGUGGUGGCCCUGACCAUGUUCCUGUUAGCCCGGUUUAGCCCCUACGAGUGGUACAACGAGCACCCCUGCAACCCCGACUACGACAAAGUCGAGAACCAGUUCACGCUCUUGAGCUGCAUCUGGUUUGCCUUCGGCGGGCUCAUGCAGCAAGGCUCAGAGGUCAACCCCCGGGCCUUCUCCACCAGGGUCUUGAGCGGCUUCUGGUGGUUCUUCUCCCUCAUCCUAGUGUCGUCCUACACCGCCAACCUGGCUGCCUUCCUGACCGUGGAACGGAUGGUGUCGCCUAUCGAGAGUGCUGAUGACAUGGCCAAGCAGACUAAGAUAGAGUACGGAACGAGGAGUAGCGGCUCCACACACACAUUCUUUAAGCGUUCGAACAUUGAGACGUACAAGACGAUGUGGGAGUUUAUGAGCUCACGACCAAACGUCUUUAUGGACACGUACGGUGAAGGCAUCCAGAGGGUCCUGACUGAGAAGAACUACGCCUUCCUGAUGGAGUCCACUAUGGCAGAGUACGUGGUAUCACGGAACUGCAAAAAUCUGACCACCAUCGGCGGACUGUUAAACUCCAGAGGGUACGGCAUCGGGACCCCACUAGGAUCCAAGUUGCGGGAUAAGAUUACCAACUCCAUCCUCCGCCUGGAGGAGAACGAGGACCUGAUGAAGCUCAAGACUAAGUGGUGGAACGCGGGGAAUUGCAUGGUGGAGCCCACCAAUAACCAGGACGCCAACGAGCUGGGGCUGUCCAACAUAGGGGGUAUCUUCCUGGUGCUGAUUGCGGGCGUGGUGCUGGGCAUCCUGGUGGCGGUGGCCGAGUUCAUCUGGAAGUCCCGGCAGAACGCCGAGAUAGAUCGGAAAUCACUAUGUGCGGAAAUGAUGUCUGAGUUCCGUUUUGCCUGUCGAUGUAACGGAAAGCCCCGAUCUCAACGCAAUAUAGACCAUAAGUACAUGCCCGCGCCCUACCCAAGUGGACUGAACGGACAAACGUUUCCCAUGAGCAUGGCGGAAACCGUGGCGUAGAGCAAGCCGUGUCUUUCUCCAAAUUCAGAGAGGGGAACACAUCUCAAUACAAAUGACAUGUAAAUACAGCAAGAAAAUUUACUAAGAAAUUAGACUGCCGCAAAACAUCCAGGGCUUCCAAACAAAACGGCAGGGCUGAUGACGAGUCUGUGAGAUGGUGGAAAGCUGCACCACUGUGCAAAGGAAGACGGUAGUGGUGUCUGGCGGUUCCAGAUGUAUCUUCACUGUCCGCCGCAUUUGACAGAAAAAAUCAGGUCGACUAGGUGCUGGGCUGAGGUGAAGAAAAAAGUGCCCACUUUGCCACUGUACGAUUGUUCGAGUUGGACGUUGUGGUUUGCCAGUGCCGGCGACGAUAGGCCGUCCAUUCUUCUUGUGCGUCCGCGAAAUCAGUGUUGAAAAUCAUGGCGAGUCGAGUUCCGUGGUGGGAGUGUAAACCAGCUUUCCAGUCUGAUUAUGCACUGGAAGAUAUAAAAACUUGAGCAAAUGGAGUACUAACAAAGGAUUGAACAAUUCAACUCGGUCUGUGUCGGCUUUGGAACAUAAUACCUUAGUACUCAAGUCUUAUAUGCUUUUGAAAACGUUGGUCCAAGUUAGAAGCAGUCUACCAUGUAAAUAGAGGCUUUGCUCCAAAGAUUUCCAGUGAGCGAAAUUCCACUGAAACGGCUCUGCUUAGGAGCCUUUAAAUUUUUUCACAGUUUUAAAGUUUUUUAGGUCAUACAAGUGUAAUGUUACCCCAUCACUUAUGGCUGAGUUUCUCUUUAAGCCUCGGUACUACCAAUUCCCAUCUGAAACGCUCUUUCGUCCAAUAUGCAUUUCUGUUACACUUAGAAAAGGUUUCCAAAGCAUUUGAAUGUGGAGUUCCUUUGUGGACGACACUUAUAUUGCAGACUGCAAGGCUGAAAUGCAGUUCUUUGUUCGGUCCAGCUGCAAUGGUAAAAGCACUGGAUCAGAGCUUGACAAUGUCAUUUGAAAUAAACCGAAGUAAGAGUAUUGUUGUACGUGAAAAUACCGACGAUCUGCUAUUAAAAUUAGUCCGAUGAUGCACAAUGUUGUGCAGUAUUUCCUAUUUUUUUUUCGAGUACACGGACGUAUGAUUACCUUGAAAAUGGCGAAUAGUUUGUUGUGUUUUUCUAUCUGGAGACAAAUUUAUAUUCUGUAGCGAAAACCAUACUUUCAAAUUGUUGAUGAGGGAUUAUUUAUAAUAAUUAUGUGACUGAAAGUAUUGUUUCUAAAGUGUGAUUGUUGAUAAUUUUACAUAUAUAUUACAUUAUUUCGGAAGUCUUUGUUUCAGCAGUGGAUAUUUCUCUUAUAUGAGAACAGAAACAGGCAUCCGGCCUGAGUAGAAGACUGUAAUUUUAUUUCCAUAUUUAAAGCCUUACUGGGAAAUUGGAGCUAUUGGGGGCAAAUAAUAAGCGCGCAACCAGCUAAGGGAAUGUCUACAGGAGAUCGCUGUUCGAUGGAAGAAUACGCCUUCGAAAUCGAAUAGAUUCAAGACCAAAGAUAAAUAAAUAAAAGAUACCGUAUUCUAUUGCUGGGACGUCUACAGUUGUGAAUGAUCGAAUUGGAUUUGCAGUAUGGCAGUUAAUAUUUGAUGCCAAACGUGGCAUUCCAGUGUCGUCAUAAAUAGGUAUUGGCCUUUCUGGCCCUUUGCGUUAGUUGGAUUGUCUUCCUUGCGAAACUACUACUUUUCGACUAGAGUUUUAAAAGAGCUGUGAUUAUUUGAGUCAGUGUAUUCAUUUUCCGGUGCAGUUUCAGGUAUGUAUAAAACUGCAUAUGCAGGCAAAAUUCCUAUACCCGCCUACUUCGCCUGAACACCUGUCAAGGGACGCAAAGAAUCUCAAAAGUAACCGCAGAAUGGAUGAAAAGACACAUCUUGAUCCAACUUAAGUGCAAAUUUCCGAAACAUUUCAAUUGGUCGCAUUUUAUUGCAGUUUGUAUGCCCCGGCUUCGUUGUAAACGUCUCAUUUUAGAGAGAAUUCCUUUAAAAACUUUACUGCUGGCUCGGUUACAGGUGUUUUAUCAACGUGCUUGCAUUUUGUACAUGUGGUUUAGUCCAGUGUAUACUGUCAAAAUGCAGGGGUUUUUUUAUAGAAGUGUUUGAAAUACUGAUUUUGUGUUCUUGCUGGGUAAUAUUUUGUGACCAGUAUGGAAACGUUGCACUUUUCAUAAAUCAAGAACUUAUCCGUCAGCCGUUUUCCGAUAUCACCCUCGAGUUACCUUUACUUCAGUCCCGACAGCAUAUCGUUGAAACCCUAUCAAAUUUUGGCUUUUUGCCAAAUUACAAAGAAAGGCUCGGCAAAACAAGUCCAGUUUGUUUACUAUAAAUACCAUUAUUAUGUACAAGUGUAAUGAGGUAGUGCAUUCACAAAAUGUGACUACAAUUUUAAGAAUCAAACUUAAAAAAUAUAAAUUCGUCAUAAAGUCACGACUUUUUGUAACAUGAUGCUUAAAGGUGAAAUGUUCUGAAUGAUAUCUGAAGUCUUCAAUAUUUAUGUGGAGAACUUGAUUAGACUGAUUUUGUUAUCUGUUUGUGAUAAUCACAGUCAUUGAUGAUUCACUGCUGCUUCGAGCGUUCAAACAAAAUACUGUGAGCCCUUUCGGGAUAUUUGUUGUAGUCCUUCGAGGUUAGAUACUUUGUUACCGUAUAUUCAUAACUGGGAGGCAGGAAUUCCCUAGGUAGCAAGUUUGAAAUUGCAGGCAUGGAAUUUCAUUUCAAAGCUUCCGAGUUGAAAUAAAUUUCAUGUCUUAUCUUUUGCUUUCUGCGUAUCACAGCGAAUUCAGCCUCUUCCACUUUGUUCCUUUGGAGGAAAUCUUAAGCUAAUUUACAUUUUCCAAAGGGUUUUUUACGACCACCUGAGUAUACACGUCAGAUCUAUAUAUAUGUACAGGGAGACGCGCCAGCUUUGGAAUCUGGAGCCAAAAAUGGAUAAUCGAUAUGUGUGCAGCAACGCGUGUGGCUAUUGUGCACUCACGCAUAACUCGCCAUUUUGUGUCCAACAAUUAAGACAUUCAUGUCGCAAGUCUCUCUGUAAACAUCUCCAGUACGUGUAUGGUGUGAGCGCCCCCGUUAUUUCAUUUUUAGACAGACGACUGGAUCGUUUGUGCAUUUAGACAAAAUAUUUAUGAAAGAUUCCUCUCUUACUUUGUAAGUACAUAAAGUAUAUUGUAUUUAUAAGCUCUAUAGGGAUGGCAUAUAGAGAACUGUCGUGUUUUAAAUGUACAGAUUGGAACUUUUGCCUUUUGAGGUAAAGUAAUUUAAAAAAAAACGGGCGCAAUAUGUUCGAUAUAAUAAAUUUAUUCUUUAAAAAUUCCGUAUACAGAAGGUAAGAACGCUUUCUUGACAUUCUCAUUAACAUGAUUCGAAAUCAUGCAAUAAUUACAUAUAGUGUAAUCAAGCAAUAUGCAGAGGUGUUUUAUUGUACAUAGGUGUUUAUGGCUUGCUAGGUUGUUCGAUUUAGUUUAUUUUUUACCGGACGGUGUAGCUGCCUUUUCCAAUGAACGGUUUCUUUUGAACAUUCACGUUUUUCUCCCUAUAGUUUCAGCUUACUUCUAAACCCAAAACAGAAAAGUGGUGUUUAUUGACUGAGUAGCUAUUGUGUUCUCUCUACUGAUGCAAAAUUUAUGAAUCGUCUUUCGAGGUACCAUUGCCUUCUCGUAGCUUUUAUUGAUCUAUUUGAGAACAUUAAUUUGAUUGGUCGAAGCCUGUGUGUGAAAAAAUUGUAUGUUGUGUUUCUGUACCACGCGCAGCGGAAUGAAGAGUUUCGUCUAGAUCCCAAACGCCAGCAGCCCUUUUCAUUCAUUGCCAGUACAUACAUGUAUUUCGUAUAGCGCUGAUAUAACAUGCGCUGCAGCCUCGCACAAUAGAUUCCAUGCUGAGUACCUUAAGCUGUGUACAAGCUGGUUUGGAACGUCCUUUUAUUAAAAAUCAAAGAAAGAAGCUCUGUGGUGCCUACUUAGGGCUCUUACACUUUUGUUGACUUUCGAAUCGGCAGGCCUGAUCUCAUUGCCUGCAGUGGCAACCAGAAAAUCCGACCCAGGUAGCAAGUUUACCCGUUUCUGUGAUGGCAAUAUCCUUCCUACAGAUCUCAGAGUGGUCCAAGACCGCCAGUGACAGCCGUGCACUUUCUGACAGAUAACCGAUGUGCUUUAUUUGAACAACGUUGACCUCUCCAACACAGGUCAGAGCAGUAAUUUAAGUCCAUUUUCGUUCGGCCUCCUGGUAUACUUGGAACUCAUAAAAAGGCCAGUGUUAUUAAGAUAUUUUUCAUGUUUGGAUGUAUUGUAGAAUAUUGCUCCCAGCCUUACACAUCUUAUUCUUUAAGUUAAUAUGUCAGCAGCUCAUAAUUUGAAAUUCAAAAUCAUGUCACUUAUAAACAUCAACAUUAGUAAAUUUUAGCUGAUACAUUUGAGACCCUAUAUAAUUCUUGAAUUUGGUUGUAAAAAAAAGAAUGGUGUCACCUACUGGAGAGUUUGUUAUUCACAAUUAAAAUUUAUGUAUUUUCUUCAA